AUGGCGGAAACUGGAAACGUAGAUUCAUCAGACGCACCACCACACAGAGAAGAAGCCACUAUUACCAAUGGCACAGAAGCAGACCAACCCAUGCCAGAUAUUCAAAACCCUAAAAGCCCUUCUGACUCCGAUUCUGACUCCGACUCUGACUUCGAAGACGAAGCACAGCAGAACCUCCAAAUACAAACCCUAGAAUCGGAACUCUCCAAUAACCCCUUAAACUACGAUGCUUAUGUCCAAUAUAUAAAAGCACUGAGGAAGCAAGGGGACCUAGAGAAGUUGAGAAAAGCGAGGGAGGCGAUGAGUGAGCUGUUCCCGUUGAGUCCUGAAAUGUGGCAGGAGUGGGCUAAAGACGAGGCUUCGCUUAGCUCUCGGUCUGAGGAUUUUCCUGCUAUUGAGAAGCUUUAUGAGAGAGGCGUGUCUGAUUAUCUGGUUGGCUCUGACUCUUAA